AUGCAUUACUGGUACGUUGAUUACGGGAAGAUGUAUCUCCUUCGAAUAGUCAACGUGGUCGUGAAUGCUGAGCUCUUCUUCGCCAUCGCCGACCAUAACUUGACGGUUGUCAGGAUGGACGGAGGAUACAUUAAGCCGAUCAUCACGACUUACAUCAUGAUAAGUCCGAGACAGACCAUGGACGUGCUGCUCACGACUAACCAACCUCUUGGAAGGUACUACAUCGCCACGAGGCAAUACUCUAGCGAAGACGCCGAAGUCACCGGAUUCGACCAUAGCAUCGGAUCGGCCAUCUUGCAAUAUAGAGGGAACUAUAGCUUGCCGUCACCACCGGUCUUUCCAAACGCUACACUCCCUCUCUAUUUGGACUUUGGAGCCGCAUUGAGAUUUACAAAUCAGCUGAGAAGCUUGGCAAGUGAGGAUCAUCCGGUUGAUGUUCCAGGAGAUGUAAGUACGAGGAUGUUCAUUACCGUGUCCAUGGGUGAGAUUUAUUGUCCCAAUAGCUCUUGCACUUCGGUGAGUGGCAACAAACUUGGCUCAAGCUUGAAUAACGUAAGUUGGGUCAACCCAUCCCUGGAUGUGCUAUCGGCCUACUAUAGAAAUCUUAGUGGAAGUUAUACAGCGGAUUUCCCGGAUUGGCCUCCUUCCAUGUAUAAUUUCACGGGAGAUGAUUUGCCGGAUAGUGUUGAUAUGACGUACCAAGGAACGAAAGUAAAAGUGCUGAACUACAAUGAGACAGUGGAAAUUGUUUUCCAAGGUACAAACGUGUUGAAAGGCUCCAUGAACCAUCCCAUGCACGUUCACGGUCACAACUUCUACGUCGUCGGAACCGGUCACGGGAACUUUGACAGCAAGAUGGAUCCCAGGACAUACAACUUGGUCGACCCACCCCACGUGAACACGCUCGGGGUCCCUAAAAAUGGUUGGCUAGCAAUAAGAUUUACCGCUAAUAAUCCCGGUGCGCAUGUGGUUUUGGCAUUGUCAUCCGGACCGACACAUGAGCUGGGGGAUGGACAUGGCCUUCAUAGUGAAGGAUGGAGGGACUUUAGAGACGAGUCUCCGACCACACCUGCCUACAUGCCGCCAUGUAUGGACAUGGGAUCUUACGACAUAUCAAUGCAAUCAUCGAGCAUUGAUCAUGUACAAAUGCAACAGCUGUGA